GUAAAUGUUUGAACAAAACGGAUAGCUGCCAAGAGAUACAGACACUGUUGAUCCAAACCUGCUGGAUUUGCCAUCAUGAAAACCAGACAAUGUGCUAUUUUAGUCCUUUUUGCACUGUGCGUUGUACCUACGGUAAACUGUGGGAACAUCUUGGUCUGGCACACUGAAGGAAGUCACUGGAUCAACAUGAAGCCUGUGCUGGACACGCUGAUUGAGAGAGGUCACAAUGUCACCAUGCUGUUUCACAAUGUCUCAAUGUUCAUCGAUCCCAAGGAACACGCACAGUACAACUACCACUUGUUUAAUGCAUCCAUCGACAUCUCUGAAAUGCUGGAGUUUUUUGAGGAGUUCUUCCACUUUUCUCUGUAUGAGCUUGGCCAUUCGGGUUAUGUGAAAAUCUACUGGAAGCUCCAUGAACUUAUGAUGAAAAGUUCAGACUUUGGCCUUAGAAUGUGUGAUGGCAUUCUGCGGUCAGAUACUCUCAUGGAGAAACUUAAGCAGGGAAAAUAUGAUCUUGUGUUCGCUGAUCCUAUUCAUCCCUGCAGUGAGCUGGUAGCUGAGAUUCUGGACAUACCCUUUGUGUACUCUCUGCGUUUCUCAAUGGCCAACUCCAUGGAGAGACUCUGUGGACAGCUGCCUGCUCCACCGUCAUAUGUUCCUGGCACUAUGGUCAAACUGACUGACCAGAUGAGUUUAACUGAAAGGCUCCUCAAUUUUGUGUUCUAUCUGGUACAGGAUGCUAUGUACAGCCUUAUGUGGAGACCAUAUGAUCAGUAUUACACUGAAAUUUUGGGGAAGCCCACCUCUUUCUGUGAGCAAAUGGGCAAAGCUGACCUCUGGUUGAUUCGGACAUACUGGGACUUUGAUUAUCCCCGGCCCAUCCUUCCUAACUUCAAAUACGUUGGAGGAAUUCACUGCAAACCUGCCAAACCCCUACCAAAGGACAUGGAGGAGUUUGUUCAGAGUUCUGGGGAUGAUGGGAUUGUGGUGUUCACUUUGGGAUCAAUGAUUGCAAACCUCACCAAAGAGAAGAGCAAUGUCAUUGCCUCUGCCUUGGGGCAAAUACCACAAAAGGUGUUGUGGAGGUACAAAGGAGAGAAGCCAGAGACUCUUGCUCCAAACACCAGGCUGUACGAAUGGAUCCCACAGAAUGACCUGCUGGGACACCCCAAAACCAGGGCUUUUGUCACCCACGGUGGGACCAAUGGGUUGUAUGAGGCCAUAUAUCAUGGUGUUCCCAUGGUGGGUAUUCCACUAUUUGGUGACCAGCCAGACAACAUGGUGCACAUGAAAGCCAAAGGAGCUGCUGUCAUCAUGGACUUCAACACCAUGCAGACCAAAGACCUUGUGGACGGACUGAGGACAGUGAUCAAUGAUCCAUCGUAUAAAGCCAGCGCCAUGAAACUGUCCAAAAUACACCAUGACAGACCAGAGAUGCCAAGAGAUGAGGCUGUAUUUUGGGUAGAAUAUGUGAUGCGCAACAAGGGGGCCAAGCAUCUAAGAGUAGAAGCCCAUAACCUCUCUUGGUACCAGUACCACUCUCUUGAUGUGUUUGCAUUUCUGAUUGGGAUAGUUCUACUGGUUCUCUUCACCGUUUUCAAAACUUGCAAGUUUUGCUUUAAAUUGUGCUGUUUGAGAUCAAGUCGAAAAAACAAACAAGAGUGAAUGAUAUUUGCACUGAAUUUGAACAUGUCUUUUGUAUGUGGUACAGUAGAUAUAAAACCUAAUCUUGUUCCAUUCUUCAGACAUGUUUAACCAUUUUAAUUGUUGCUUGUUUAUGAUGACCAAAUUCUGAUCUGUGUAAUGCAUACAGAUUGUGCUUUAUUCACGAUUCAAGAAAAUGUAUGAAGGCUACACCAUUAAAUACUAAUCAUUAUAGUGCAAUAGCAGACAUACGGUCCAUAUCACAAAUAAGUGCCAAAACAAGUACUAUAGAAGGACAUAAACACAUUCAAAUACAGCUGCUAAUUUCACUUACCUUAUGUCUUGAAUGUGACAUUCAUUACCAGAUUGCAAGGGGUCUUGGUCCGCUGGCGUUUUGCUCAUUGGUUUUCCAGCCAUCCAUUACGGGUGGCCUACAAAAACGCACCACCAUUUUGCAAAUUGUGGAACAAACCAUUUUUACUUUUAUUUAGUUAUACUUCUUCAUAUUAAUAAUAUUUUCUGUUUUGACCCUAAUGUUCACAACAAAUUAAAUUAAAGAUGAUGGUGGUCCAGCAGCAGAUUAUAAGUGGCACUAAUGACUGUUUACCACUCAGGUAUCUUUUUGUGUGUUUAAUUGGAAUCCUGUCUAGUAUUUUAUGACUGCAUACUGUAUACUGUAGGCCAUACAUGUCUAUAUUGUCUUAAAAAUAAAUAAAAGUUCAAAAUACCAA